AUGACGAGUGCUGUAUACCAGAAUAAUAAUAAUAAUUCAUUGGUACAUUUGAAUAAUAAUGCUUCAAUAUCUGGCAUACCACCUGACGAUUGGCAACCACCAUUUGUCACACUGGAAACAACUUUGGGUAAAAUAGUUGUGGAAUUAUAUUGGCAACAUGCUCCAAAAACGUGUCGAAAUUUUGCUGAAUUAGCUCGACGAGGCUAUUAUAAUGGAUGUAAAUUCCAUCGAAUUGUUAAAGAGUUUAUUAUUCAAGCCGGUGAUCCAACUGGAACGGGUAGAGGUGGAGCGUCAAUUUAUGGAAAAUAUUUUGAUGAUGAAAUUCAUCCACAAUUAAAACAUACAGGUGCUGGUAUAUUGUCAAUGGCCAAUGCCGGUGCCAAUACCAAUGGUUCACAAUUUUUUAUCACAUUAGCCCCAUUACAAGCACUAGAUAAUAUUCAUACGAUAUUUGGUCGCAUUUAUAGCGGUAUGGGAAUUGCUCAAAAGAUAAGUUUCGUUGAAACAUCGGAUAAUGACAGACCUGUGGAAGAUGUUAAAAUAACUAAAGCAUAUAUAACACAAUGA